UUUCCGUACCAGGCACUGAUGUUCCCGGUCAGGACAGUCUUGGUGGUGCAGGAGUAGAAAUUCCUCAGUAUUUGAGAGGAUACCUGGAAUUUCCUUAAUCAUCUGAGGUGAAACAGUCUCUGCCUUCCCUUUCUCACCACUGAGUCAGUAUGCAGCGCCCAGUUUAGGCCCUGGGUGAUGUGGACACUAAGGUACUUGAAGCUGUCCACCCUCUCCAAUGUUGAUAUUAAGGGGGGCAUAGUCCCUUCCCUGCUUCUUCCCAAAGUCCACUGUCAGCUCCUUAGCAUUGCUGAUGUUCAGGAGUAAAUUGUUGUCCUGACAUUAGACUGUAAAAAAUAAUGGACGUCACCACUUUGAUGUUACUCAUUGGUUUGUGGACUCCCAUUUUGAAGCCUCAAGUUUGCAUUUUUGUCAUCAUCUUGGAGUUUUGGAGCCAGAAGUGACUAUAUGGAUGGAGCAGACCCUAACACUAGCUGCUAGCUGCUAUCUUGGAAAAAACUGAACAUCCGACUCCUUAGAGGGUUGUGUUAAGGAUGAGGGUACAAGAGCUGUGUCCACCUACCAUCACCACCUGGGGUCUGCCUGUCAGAAAGGUGAGAUAGGGUGGUGUGGAGGAUGUGUGCUAUAGCGUCUUCCGUUGAUUGGUUGGGAUGGAAGGGAAACUGUAGUGGAUCCAGUGUGCAGGGUAGUGGGGACCAGAUUUAAUCCUUGACCAGCCGUUCAAAGCACUUCAUCACUACAGAGGAGUUCUACCGCCCUCAUCAGUCUCCUCAAAGUCCACUUAAACCUCAGGUGCUCCUGUGGUUUAGCAGUCAAGAUACAGACUGUGAACUGCAACACUUCCUGCCAUCUCUGCACUAUCCUUAUCUGAUUAAGUCAUAAAAUACAUCAAAAAUAUUGUAAGAAAAAUAAAAGACCCCCUAAACAAUACUUGAAACCUCCUCAGGAACCAGGGGUAGAUGUGCACCUCCAGAGUCACUGUGGUGCAAUCAGUGGUGAGCACUGUUGGCUCACAGCAAGAAGAUCCAUUUAUUUAUUAUAUUUUACAGUAUUUAUCUUGUUUUAUUUUAGUUGUUGUUGUGGCUCAAGAAAAGUGAUUGCAGACAAGUUCUAUGUAAUCUGCAACCUACAAAUCCAGAAUUAUGAAGAGAAGAGAAGAAGAGGAGACAGAGGUGGUAAAAAUAAGUUUUAUGUCUAUCCACUAAGAGGGAGUGGUGCACCGCUGAGAGCAACACUGAUCUGUCAAACUCUCAGUUGUAGUGUUUGUGUGUGUAUGUGUGUGCGUGCGUGCACGUCAGGAAUCCACUUGCGCGUGCACGCGCGCACCUCCCUCCUUCUCCUCCUCCUCCUCCUCCUCCUGUAUUUCCUGUAUUGAGUUGUGCGUGUGCAGAGAAGAGAAGGAGGAUUAUUUCCACAGAGGAAGGAAGAGGAGAAGGAGCGCGCGGCGCAGGCAGACCUGAUCAACCUGAUCGAUAGAAGUGAUUAAAGAUUAACGUCCCGGAGCUCCAGCUUGUCUCCAUCUGUCAGGACAGCCCCGCACUCCUCUGUGACAUGACUCUGUCCGGCUCUGUAUCGGCUGCUGCGGGACAAACCGGCUGAUGAUGAUGAUGAAAGUGCUUCCUCCGCUCCACGCGCUCCACUGCCGACCCGCGCCGGUCUAAGAUGCCACCGGGCCCCGGCGCUCGGCACGCGGCUCGGACCCAGAGUAACCCGGGAUAAUAAGACACAGAAAAAAAGACACAAAAGCAUUUUUAAAAAGCGGAAAUCAAACACCUGGGGGAGUCACCCCGCCGGGACGAGCCGGGAGGGAGAACCCGGGAUUAGUGAGCCGUGCGCCGGGGAGCUGAGGCGCACUGAGCCGCGCAAAGAGCCGCAGAGAGGAGAGAGAGAGGUCUGCAGGGAUGCUGGUCCCGCGGCUCCCGGUCCUGUCUGCGCUGCUCGUCCUGCUGCUGGCCGCGGGUCGCUGCACGGCGGCCGCCCUGCUCCGGAGUUCCAGCACCCGGGCUGACGGGCGUCUGGACGGUCGCAGCGUCCUGGAGCUGGUCGGCCGGUACUCUAAGGCGAGGGCCGAGACGGCGGCGGGGCUCACCGGGCACGGAGUUAAAGCCCCGGAGAGAAAGAGCAGGUCCAGCCACGGACUGGAGGGUCAACCCAGAGAUCCACGACACAAGGAGAAGUUCAUCAGACACCUGACAGGUCCUCUUUCCUUCAACCCAAAGUGCAGGAAACAUUUCAACAGACUGUACCACAACACCAGGGACUGCACAAUACCUGCCUAUUAUAAACGAUGUGCUCGUCUGCUGACUCGAUUGGCCAACAGCCCUCGCUGUAUAGAGAGAUAAACAGACCAAGACAGACAAACGCCUCCGGACAGAGAGUGUUGCCAAGACAACCAGGAGGGCGGGGCAUCCUAACAAGGCUCAUCCACUGACGAGCAGCAGAAGUUCUGCAGCCAAUAGAAACUCUUCAAAGGCGUUGCUGUCAUCGCCUGCAGCCAAUGAGCUCAACUAACGACGAUCAACAACCAGCGAUCAGAAUGCGCUCUAUUCUAUUCUACUCUAUUCUAUUCUAUUCUAUUCUUAUCUGUCUGUCACUUAAACCAGAGAGAGAAGCUCAGAUAAACACGAAGCUGCUACCUAAAUGUUUUCUAUUGAUCUUUGAACAUAAAAAAAGGAGAAAUAAAAGGUUUGAUAAGAGAUUCGUUAGUGUCAUACACAACUUUCCCAUUACAUGAAAUCAACUUCUGUUUCAAUAAGUUGUCAUCACGUUUAAUUUCAUUUGCUUUAGUUUGGUUUUAUUCUGUCAUGAAACAACCUACAUGUGACACACUUUUAGCUAACAAACAAAAUCACAGAGAUUUAAACCAUAAACAUAAAACAAACAUGUGAAACAGGAUAAAAAACGGUACAAGCUUUAGAAACAUUCCUAUGAAAGUCUUUGUUUUAUACACUUGUUGUGUGCAAGCAGCAGAAAUAUGACGCAGAUCUGAUUAUUAACCUCAAGUUUAAAAUUUGUGCAAAUCCAUCCAUCGAAGCUCCAAAGCUGCAGCCUGAGCCAAGAUCUGACGCCUGAACACAACACGGUGCAUUUAAAGUUCACUUGGAAAAACAGGAUGAAGAAGUACUCGACUCAGGUCUUCUAGAUUUGACUUCUCUCAGUUGGACUUCAUUCAACUUUACUUGAUUCAAACAGCUCUUUUACAACUUUUUACAGUUUGAAUCAUUUUUAUUUGAUUCAUCUUUUACUCAUUUUAACUUAAGGAAAACAUUAUUUAUUCUUUCUUCUGCCUUUCUGAUUUCUCCAUCUGAUCUCACCUCUCUUCUACUGGACUCUACUCUCCUCUCAAAUUCUACUUUUCUCUCCUCUGCCUAUGAAUCCGGUCUACACAACAGGACUCACCUCACCUGCUGUUUUCUACUGGACUCUACUCAUCUGAAGGAAAACUUAUCUUCGCGUUCUCACGUUCAGACUGAUGAAAAAAUGGAUUUCUGCUUUCUUCUUUUGAAUGAGCCUUCCUCUGAUGAUUGUGAGGUAAUUCCACUGGUUUCUAGUGGAGCUGCAGGAUUUAUUUUCUGGAAAAUGACAAGCUGAAACAAGAUGGAUCGCUGAUUUUUCCUUUGGAAAGUAACGCAGGUUUCAUCUUUCUCUUUCCUGGGACCGAAUAUCUUCUUCUCGUCUCGCAGGACAACAGUGUUUCUUUAAUUUUUUUUGUCUUGUUUUGGAAUAUGGACGCCUAAACAAUGUUUUACGUGCCAUUUGAAGCUGUCGGAGGAAAUAAAUGGACAAACUCUGAUUGGACUUUGUUGCCUUUUGCAGGACAGAAAAAAUCUGAGAUGCUGAAUGUGUUUAAUGUUACAUGAUGUAUAAUAACAACAGUGAUAAUUAUAAUAAUAUUCUAGUAUAUUUAUAUUGUUUAAGCUGCCGCCCCGUGUGCAAUAUGUACAUACUGAAAAAGGAA